UUGCCUAGCGACGGAAGGACGCUCGCGGGCCCCCAGGCUAAACCCCGCUGUAGCCUUAGAUCUCCUACCAUGGGGGAAGAACGCGGCGGCCGCAGCUGUGGGAUCACUAGGGAGCUGCAGAAGCUGAAGCAGCAGGCGAUGGAGUACUACCGGGAGAACGACGUCCCGCGCAAGCUGGAAGAGCUGCUCAACUCCACCUUCUACCUCCAGCCCGCCGACGUCUACGGACACCUGGCAAACUACUUUUCUAAACUUGCAAAGCCUCCCACCAUAUGCAAAAUAGUGGGGAAAAAUGUACUGGAUGGACUGGGGCUUCCAACCCUGCAAGUGGAAAUAUUCUGCACCAUUCAAAAUUUUCCCAAGCACAUCUGUUCCGUCGUGAUCCCCACUCACUUUGAGGUCCACGAGAAUGCUUCGCCAGAGGUGGUGGAGGCAGAGGAGGUGGAGCGAGGCCUGGCAGUGGGCACGGCCAUACAGUGGGUCAAUGAGACCAUCACCGAGGAGCUGCAGGGCGUGGCGCCCUCCAACCAAGCCCAAGUGGAUCACAUGCUCAGGAUGUUCUUCACAAAUAAAGUACAAGAAGACAAGGAGAGAAAAGAACUAGAGAAGAGCCUGGAAGAGUCAGCAGUGCCAGCACCUCCGCCUAUAAUGCCCCUGGCGCCACCCCCUCCACCUCCUGCCAAAAAGAAAGGACAGAAGCCAGGAAGGAGGGACACCCUCCUGGAGAAACCUAUCACACCUGCAGAACCUGCUGAACCGGUGCUCUGCGGCAGUAUGGCCAUAGGGGCUGUGUCACUAGCUGUUGCCAAAACCAGCGCCAUACUGGGCAAUGCUCCUCUCUACUUAAACAUCGCAUUGCUGAAGCACGGUCAGGAACAGCCAGCAACACUAACUAUGCCUUUGCUGAUGGUAUCUCUGGUCAGCUGUGGGAAGUCAUCACCUGGAAAAUUAAAUUUAAUGAAAGAAGUGAUUUGCAUUCCCCAUCCUGGAUUGACAACCAGACAAGGUGUGGAGAUGCUUCUGGAAAUUCGGAAACAAAUUAACAAAGCAAUGGAAACGCCCCCUCCUCCAAAAGCAGAGAACAAAAAAGGACAUGACGUGAGCAAAAGAGGUCAACAGCCCAUCACUAGCAAGAUGUCCCAUCUUGGCUGUUUGAUCAUUAACUGUGACACCAUAGAACAGCUGCUGCUCCUAAUACAGGGAAUCUGUGCCAACCUGGGGCUGGAAUUGGGAACCAAUCUGCAUCUAGCCAUCAACUGUGCUGGCCAUGAGCUGAUGGACUAUAGCAAGGGGAAGUACGAAGUGAUGGCGGGCGUCUACAAGAGCGCGGCCGAGAUGGUCGACCUGUACGUGGAUCUGAUCAACAAGUACCCGUGCAUUAUAGCCUUAAUUGAUCCUUUCAGGAAGGAGGACACGGAACAGUGGGACAGCAUCUAUAAUGCUCUCAGUUCCAGGUGCUACAUAAUUGCAGGAACUGCAUCCAAAAGCAUUUCUAAACUUCUAGAGCAAGGAGGCAUCGGCAGCCCCAAAUCCCAUGGACUGAUCAUAAAACAUACAAACCAAACUACCAUGACUGACUUGGUGGAAAUAACCAAUGUUAUUGACAGUAAGAAGCACCUCGCCAUCCUUGGAAGUACUGAAGGAGAGUCUUCUGAUGACAGCCUUGUCGAUUUGGCUGUUGGACUUGGGGUCCGGUUCAUCAAGUUGGGGGGCCUUUCUCGUGGUGAACGGGUGACUAAAUACAACCGCCUUCUGACUAUAGAGGAGGAACUGGUCCACAGUGGAACGCUGGGUUUCAAGGAAGAACACACCUUUUUUUACUUUCAUGAGGAUGCUGAGAGGGCUCCUGAGGUGGCUGCUGGCACUGGUGAGCCCAUCUUCCCCACAGAGGUUGUAGAGGAAUUGGCCAAAAUAUGAGCCUCUUCCGGCCAGGCUGUACCUGCGGUGCCGUGAGCGUCGGGCCAGCAGCGUGAAGCACGUCUCUGCACUGGGUCUGCUCUUAGGCGCCACUGACUCAUGCUCACUCCUUCUAUUCUUUUAAUUAACUGUCUGGUAACAUACACACAGGGUGUGUUUGCCUGAAAUUCCAUCUGAGACCUUUCUUUAAAACCAUCACAUUUCCAUAGGGACACGGUUUCUUUCCUCCACCUUUCAAGGUCAUGUUCUACUUUUACUACAGGCCUAUAAUCGUAUUGUCAAAACAAAGUAAUUUUUUUGCUCUGGUUUCAUUCAUUUAGUUAUAAUCUGACUCACAGUUGUGGGGCACCCUCUUCUGUGUGACAUGUUGACAUUCAGUCAAACACCUCAUCCUUUACAGAGAAGAACAUCUCAGAAGCAGAAACCAAAUUCCACAAGAAGCUCUUGGGUGACAGGAGCAGGUGCCACCUUCUGGGCUCACCUGACAGCCCCAUAUAGACACCUGGCCUUUCCCUGGCCAACCUCACGCAGGAGCACAGAGCACAGCCUUGUUUUUAACAGUCGAAUAGCUUCAUCUACUUCCCUACGCUCAAUUCCCUUUCCUCUUAUUCCUUCCUCCUCUUAAACUUUAGUUUUCCUUAUAUAUUAUCUUUGUGAGUCUCCUUAGAUCUGUUUUAGAACAAAAAUGAGUAUAAAUUAAUAAGCACAUCAGUGAAUAAACAAGCUUACAGUUAUUAAAUGCCCAGUUAUUUAUAUUGCAAC